AUGGCCAAGCCAACCAUCCUUUACACUGGCCAGCCCAUCAUGUUUGCACAUGAAGCUUGGGCCACGUUCCGCACUAGAUUCGACAUCCUCACCUACGACCUGAAGACGCGAGCCGAACUCAUCGAGGCCUUCUCCCCAGGGGGUAAAUACUCCAAGAUCGACGCAAUAAUCCGCCCUAACCUCUCCCCAACCAUGCUCCCUCCGCUCGAUAAAGAGCUGGUUGGCCAUCUGCCCUCUUCGUGCAAAAUCGUCUCGUAUUGUAACCAUGGCUAUGAUGGCGAGGAUGUCGAGGCUCUCGAGCGAAGAGGAAUAUGGUACUGCAACGGUGCCGGGGGCGCAACCGAGUCAACCGCCGACAUUGGCCUUUUCCUUAUCCUUGCCGCCUUUCGCUUUACCUCAUUUGGUGAGCUGACUCUCCGAAAAACAGGAGAGGCUCGGCAGUUCCACGUCCAAGACAUCUGCGCCGAAGCACACGAGCCCGGCGGCAAGGUCCUCGGGAUAGUUGGGAUGGGCGGAAUCGGCACAGCGGUUGCAAGACGGGCUCGGGCUCUAGGCAUGGCGAUCCACUACUCAGACCGCCGCAGAAAACAGACCGGCGAGGAGGGGGCCCUUGGCAAUGCAGUCUACCACGAGACUGUCGAGUCUCUACUUGAAGCCUGUGAUUGCCUCCUCCUCACCUGUCCUCAUACCCCAGAGACACAUCACCUUGUCAAUGCCGCCACGCUGGCAAAGAUGAAGAGGGGGAGCAGAGUGGUAAAUAUCGGACGGGGCAAGUGUGUUGAUGAAGAUGCUUUGGCGGAUGCCAUCGAGACGGGGCAUAUUACAAGUGCAGCCUUGGACGUAUUCCAUGACGAACCCAUCAUUAACCCGCGAUUGCUCAAGAGUUGGAGAGUAACCCUACUUCCUCACAUGGCUGGAAGCACUAUUGAUGCCGAUAGGAAAUUCGAAGAAAUCGCCAUGCAGAAUCUUGAAGCCUAUUUCCUCGGUGAUGGGAAGCCACUUACUCCUGUCAACAAGGUUUCUUCAAACUGA